UGCAUAUUUUCCAGGAAGUGCGGGGUUCUAAGAAAUGCUGUAUAAUUUAUUUAGUUUCCUGAAAGGUGUGAGAUGACAGAAGGUUGAAUGUUGCGCCCAGGCAGCUCCAGUAUGAGGGAAGGGAGAGCGCCGACACUGUCUGCUCUGGUCGACAACGUGAAUGAAGCGGGGAGCAUGCCGACGCAAGGAAUUCGCUGCGAGCAUCAGCCUUCGGUGUCCGUCCGAGUAGUCCUCUACAUGGUCACCUUGUUAGUGGCGGCACACAUGAUUACCAGCACAAUGCUUUACGCUUAUCUCUCCAUCAAAUUCGACAAGGUGGAAAAAGACUCGGAAUUUCGGCUCCCCGGACACACGGCGGAACGAGCAAAUCAAAGCCUGGCCGACGCCGAGCAAUUUCUGCAGAGCAUUCAGCAGUACCUUCAGCACAGAGCCAAGGAUCAUACGGGCAAAGUGUCAGACGGUGGUGUCUUCGGUGCACAGAAAGGUGACCACCCAGGGGGACGCAGAGUCACCACCCCGCAGCGUACCGCCGCUCAUCUCAUCGGCAUCUCACCAGGGGAAAGUCCGCCAGGGACCACUUUUCCGUGUGAGAAAGGGUCUCCGAUCAAAAGAUGGAUGGCUGCAAGUUUCCCCGCGUUUACGCACAACAUCAACUACACCAGCGGUAAGCUAGUUAUCACCGAGCCUGGUUUUUACUAUAUCUAUUGCCAGGUCAGUUUUCGGCUAACCAGUGGCAAGCCCGACAGAAAAUCGAACGUGCCUUUUGUUCAGUACAUCUAUCUGCAAAGAGACCCGAAACAAUCUAUAAUGCUGAUGAAGGCUUCCAAAACACCCAUGGAUAAAAGCCAAUCUUCCAGCUUCAACUCUGUGAACCAGGGCGGAGUCUUUCAGCUGAAGGUGGGAGACCAGCUCUUUGUAUCCGUGACCACCACAGAUUUGCUCAGUUAUGACAUCGCCACCUACUUCGGCACUUUUCGGCUUUAGUUCGUUCUCUUUGAGCCCAACCAAGGCAGCCGCCGUCGGCGGCCACCGGACUGCUCACACCACCGGGGCUUCCUGGCACCCUGAGUCGGGCCUUCUACAAGAUCCCACCCUUCCACACCCCCGGUGCGAAACGAAAUACUCAAAAACGUUCACACUUCCAUAAUCAUCACUCUUAUUCUCGAUGUGUGACCUCCCACAGCUACACUCGUCUCCGCGUCCCAGUGAAAAUCACGCCAGCUCUCUCAUCUCCUUUUGUGGAUUCUGAAGGACACUGAUUACACUUUCAAAACGUUAUAGGCCGCCCAAUGCCUGGGCUUCGCCGCUACACUGGGCACCGGUCAGUGUCCGGGGCAUCAGGUGCUUCUUGCCGAGGGAUACAGGAAAACCCAUCUCUCCGGGAUGUAUGUUGCUCCUGGUCCCACCGUUAGCCGACCUUCUCAGCUCCGCGUUUUCCCAUUGGCACGUCCUGUGGCAAACAGCCCGAACUUUCCCGAAAUCUCCAGGUGUUCCCGUGUCAAAGCAAAGCGAUUUGUUCCACGGGAUUUGUCAUUUGACAUGCUGCCUUUUGCAAGGAAUGUCUGCAAGAAUUGACUGUUGGCGGCUGACAUCCGCUGCUCACCAACAUGAAGGCGUCCUCCAGCUCGUAAACAGAAAACCACAGCCCUCACCAUCAUGGCUACAGCGGUUAUCGCUGAACUCGUUCCUUCAGCAUUUCUCGGAGUAGAAUUUUAACAGAUCGGGAGUGAUGAGAAGGGCGGCCGGAGAAGAGACGAGGCCCACCCUGCGGCACGGGCAGAUCACUCUGAGGCCCUCGGAAAAGGACCAGCAUUACACAUGCAACAAACGAGAAGGAAAAUUAAAAUGUUUCAGUCGCUGUGUGGAUAAAACAGUUUUAAAUAGACACGGCUUAUUCCAUUGUGUUUGUGAAGUGGUUUAACAAUUGAAGCGAUCUCUUUGAUAAGGUGAAUCGAAGCAGAGGUUCUCAGGAAGUAGGGCUCUCAGCAGCCGAGCGAGGAUUGCUGAAGAGCGCCGUGUUGUUGAAAAGUAAUGUUCCGUGUGGACUCACCCCUCACUUUCAUCCUAUUGAUCAGGCAGCCACAUGUAACCGCUCUCGCAUGCUUCCUGGCUGUUAACCUGCAGGCCACACGGAGCGCUGGGCGCCCAGCAAGCCAGCAACAUCGUUAAAUGCACAAACUUCAAAAUGAAUUCAUUAGCAAAGUGCACAGAAACAACCCUGAGAUUCAUUUUCUUGCGGGCAUUCAGUAAAUACAAAAGUACAAUAACGCCCCCCCCCAGCUAAAUAAUUAUAAUAAAUAAAUUAGCAAUUAGUAUCGAGAAAACAGGAUGAAGACUGCUUGAAAGUGAGUCCAUAGGUUGUGGAAGCAGUUCAGUGUUGGGGAAAGGGAAAUGAUCCCCUUUGGUUCAAGAGUCUGAUGGUUGAGGAGUAACAACUGUUUCUGAACCCAGUGGUGAGAGUCCUGAGGUUCCUGUACCUCCUUCCUGAUGGCAGCAGCAAGAAGAGAGCAUGUGCUGGGUGGUGGGGGUCCCUGAUGGUGGAUGCUGCUCUCCUAUGACAAAGCUCCUUGUAGAUGUGCUCAAAGGCGGGGUGGGUUCACCCUGUGAUGAAUUGGACCCUAUCCACCCCUUUUGGGAGGCUUUUUCGGUCAAGGGCAUUGAUGUUCCAUACCUGGCUGUUGUGCAGCCAGACAAUAUACUGUCCGCCACACAUCCAUAGAAGUUUAUCAAAGUUUUAGAUAACAUGGCGAAUCUUCACUGACUUCUAAGAAAGUAGAGGCUCUGUAAUUGCACGUAAGACACGCCCUCUAAAAUGAUAAUGCCAAAGAAUUUAAAGAUGCUGAUUUCCUCCUCCCCCCCCCCCCAAUUGAUCUGCUGCAGACGGGGUUGCCCAAAGCACUAUCUGUCCUCUGAUGCCCUGUCUGUGGAAAGCGUGUAAUCCCUGAAACUUUUACCCUGGGUGUAGGAUUGUGAAUGUUGGUUUGAAAAAAUGCUAAAUGGAAUUCUUUGUUUUAGGGAAUUCUGAAGAUGUUUGUAUUUUAUUUAUCAUUUUUAUUCAGGAAGUGGAUCAUGAACUAACACGUGGAUUUCAAACUGACCUUCGGAGGGAGCCACGUGUUGUUUGUGACUGGUGUUUAAUAUUAUUAUUAAGCUAUUUAUUUCAAUAGAUUGUUCACAUUUUUAUUCAUUGUUUCACAUUGCUCAUUUUGUGAAUAUUUAUGCAACAAUAGCUACCUUAGUCUU